AUGGUGACAUCAAUUUUUCUCUAUUUGGUGCAUACAGGCAGAUUGACCACCCUUGCGCCGUACGAAACCCUGGUCCAAUUUACCGCGGCGGUCAGUAUCACCCUUUGGCUAAAUGAUUGGUUGAGCGUCAAAAGCCGGAACAACUGGGUGAUAGAUGAUACGUGGGACUGGAAGAAGGAGGUAAUCGUUGUGACUGGUGGGAGCGGUGGGAUUGGCGCAGGAGUUUCUCAGCGUCUUGCUGAUAUGGGGGCAAAGGUCAUCGUGUUGGAUAUAAUCCCUUUAACCUUCAAGCCAGGAACUAAACGCAUCGUGUACCGAAAGUGUGAUCUCAGUGAUGAGAAGGAAAUCGCGAACGUUUGCGAAAAUAUAAGAAAUGAGGAGGGCCACCCAACCGUCUUAGUGAAUAAUGCCGGCUUAUCGCGCGGUCAGACUGUCGUCGAAGGGGCGUAUAGCGACAAUAUCAUCACGCUAAAGACGAACUUACUAGCGCCGUUUUUACUCACGAAAGAGUUUCUCCCGUACAUGAUCCAGCGAAACCACGGUCAUAUUGUUAAUAUUGCGUCAAUGAGUGCCUAUAUACCCCCGCCAGGGAUUGCCGACUAUGCAGCAUCAAAAGCCGGGUUGAUCGCAUUCCACGAGAGCUCCAAGUGCACAAUGCACCAAAAGUUCGAACUUCGCUUGCAGUCCUGA